CGCGUGCGCGGCUCGAUUUCAGGGAGGAGCCGUGGAAAGGGAAGCUCAUCAAAGUCGCCAUCUUCUAAAAGAAAAAUGCAGACUAAAGAAGAACUACCGGUCAAGAAGACCAACUCUAAAAAUGGACAGCGAAAUGUCAAGAGGUGUUCACUGAAACCCAUGAGCGUAAUGCUCUCCCCCUUGAACAACAGACAACAGAUGAAAAAAAGGUGUUUGCAACAUCGGGUUCGGUGUCGCAGCUUGAGCCAUUCCAAUAGUCCCCCCAAUGUUUCCUUAGGGAAUAAAAAAUCAAAAGCGGACAAAACUGGGAACAACAAAGCCACUUCCAGUUUUCCACAAGACACAGACGAUUGUGAGACUAGCACUUUGACCGAAAGAAGAUCCUCUAGUGAUAUUAUCAUAAUCAGCGAGGAUGAAAGUGAUGAUUACCUACCUUUCGCUAUAAAAAAAGGGAAUAAGUCUAAAAAGGCUCCAGAAAUAAAACCAGAGAGUUUUAAAAAGAGUAUGCAACCAACUGUCCAUCCUACGGAACUUCAAAAUUGUGUGCGGUCCUCCGAAAGGUUGAAACGUAAAAACAGUUGGAGUAAAGGGCAUGUGAUAGAAAUGCAGAAGGAAACCUUUUGUGAUCAAUUUCCAGGUAGAAAACUAUCAUCUGGUUCUCCAGUGUUAUUGACUAAUAUAACGGAAGCUUCUGAAGACGGAAGCCUUACUGGAUCUAAGGGCCUACAGCACCUUCAGACAAAGGUGAAUUCUGAUCUUUCCAACACAAGUAGAACACAGACCAUAGGGACUGAGCAGCCAAUAACUGAUACUGGGAAACCUCCCGAUUUGGAGAAGGUAGCUGUUUUAUGCGAAAACGCCAGCAAACCGACUGUAAGGAAAAUGCACAAAGCCACUCUACAGAAGUCAAGCAAGCAGAAGGCGAAACCUGUUGAACCUUAUUCCUCAAAACCGCAAAGUUCUUUAACAGAAUCUCAGGACUCCGAAGAAGAAGCAAAAGCAAAGGUCUCCAGGCAAAGGCCGGACAGUCAGAAGUCAACCCUUUCCAAACCCCCUCGGGAAAGGAAUCCUGUAGAGGAAUCCUCCCAUUCUGAAGAAGUGUCUAGUCCGUUGAAUAGUGUGCGGGGGAAACAACGACCACUCAAUUCCAAGAAAGACAAUAAACAAGCUUCUCAUUCUUCUGAAGAUGGAAGCCUUACCGGAUCUAAGGGCCCACAGCACCUUCAGACAAAGGUGAAUUCUGAUCUUUCCAACACAAGUAGAACACAGACCAUAGGGACUGAGCAGCCAAUAACUGAUACUGGGAAACCUCCCGAUUUGGAGAGGGUAGCUGUUUUAUGCGAAAACGCCAGCAAACAGACUGUAAGGAAAAAGCACAAAGCCACUCUACAGAAGUCAAGCAAACAGAAGGCGAAACCUGUUGAACCUUAUUCCUCAAAACUGCAAAGUUCUUUAACAGAAUCUCAAGACUCCGAAGAAGAAGCAAAAGCAAAGGUCUCCAGGCAAAGGCCGGACAGUCAGAAGAAGUCAACCCUUUCCAAGCCCACUCGGGAAAGGAAUCCUGUAGAGGAAUCCUCCCAUUCUGAAGAAGUGUCUAGUCCGUUGAAUAGUGUGCAGGGGAAACAACGACCUCUCGAUUCCAAGAAAGACAAAAAACGACCUUCUCGUUCUACUCAACCUUUAGAUGACCUUGAGAAAGAAAGCUCUCAAAAUAAGGCAUUAGAGGAGCCUUGUGACAAAGUAGCUGUUCCUUCUGGGAAAUCCAAAAGCAGUUCAGAUUUUGAAGAGUCUGAAGUAGAAACGGUUUCUAGAAAGGAUUCGUCUGAAACGGUGAAGUCGAAAAAUAACAGACUUCUUUCUACACCCGGCCCACAGAAAAGACAAAAUACUAAUUCACAGAAAUCUCAAAGACAGGCCAUAGAGCAGGAGAACGCUGAGAAGCGCUUUACGGAAAAAAAAAUUGCAACCAAGCGUUCGCAUCCUAGAGCAUGUCAAAGGAAAACUAAUCUAUCUGAAGAAACUUCGGAGUCUGAAUUCGAUUUUGCAGAAGAAGAUGAUGACCAAGAAGACUAUAAGUCUGAGAGGAAAGCCAGAGGGAAGGCUACCAAACCAAGUACUCAAUUGCGAAAUUUACGGAAACGUCCGCAAAUCUUGAGCAGCAGCAGUGCAUCAGAAAAACGUGACAGAAAAUCCCCAAAUUAUUUGGAUUCAGAGUCUGAAGAGGAAAUGGUUCCUGGAAAGGAUUUGCGCCAAACUGCCAAGUCGAAAAAUAAACUCUUGGUUUCUACUCCUGGACCACCGAAAAGACGAAACACUCGUUCCCAGAAAUCUCAAAGAGGGGCCAUAGAGAAAGAGAACACCGAGAAGCACUUUACAGAAAUAAAUGAUACAAACAAGCAGACAAAUCCUAGUUCACGUAAAAAGAGCAAUCCGAGUGAAACUUCACCGUCUGAAUUAGACGUUGCAGAUGAUGAAAAAGAAGAGAAAAGUGAAGAGGACUAUAAGUCGAAGAGGAAAGACAAGACAAAAGUCAGCAGGAAGGCUACCAAACCAAGUCCGCUGCAGGAUCUUCAAAAACCUCAACAAAACCUAAAAGACAACAAUGCAUCAAGACCCUCUACGCAUUCCAACCCAGAACGCCAACUACCCAAGAACCCAUUUGCAGUUCAUCAGGAAGACGCGACAGAGAAAGAAGUAAAAAGUCUUUACAGAAAAUCCGAAAAUGAUGAUUUGGAUUCAGAGUCUGAAGAGGAAAUGGUUCCUGGAAAGGAUUUGCGCCAAUCUGCCAUGUCAAAAAAUAAACUUUUGGUUUCUACUCCUGGACCACAGAAAAGACGAAACACUCGUUCCCAGAAAUCUCAAAGAGGGGCCUUAGAGAAAGAGAACACAGAGAAGCACUUUACAGAAAUAAAUGAUACAAACAAGCAGACAAAUCUUAGUUCACGUAAAAAGAAGAGCGAUCCGAGUGAAAGUUCCCCGUCUGAAUUAGACGUUGAAGAUGAAGAAGAAGAGAUAAGUGAAGAGGAAUAUAUGCCUAAGAGGAAAGCCAAGACAAAAGUCAGCAGGAAGGCUACCAAACCAAGUCCAUUGCAGGAUCUUCAAAAACCUCAACAAAACCUAAAAGACAACAAUGCAUCAAGACCAUCUAUGCAUUCCAACCCAGAACGCCAACUACCCAAGAACCCAUUUGCAGUUCAUCAGGAGGACUGGACAGAGAAAGAAGUAAAAAGACUUUACAGUGCAAUUUCUACUCUACCAAAGUACAAACGUGGGUUCUGGAACGAUGUUGCCAUGGCAGUCGGAAACCGCUCGGCAGAGGAAUGCCAGGAAAAAUACAUGGACAACCAGCAGUUCAAGGGAUCCAAAUCCAAGCCCAAGAAAAAAAAUUGUUCCUCUAAGAAAAAAAAAGAGAAUAAAGGAAAGGAGAUGGUACAAAUCACAGCAAAAGUGGGAACCCUGAAAAGAAAGCGGCAGAUGCGGGAGUUCUUGGACCAAAUGCAGAAAGACGAUCACGAUGACCUGUUCAGCUCUACUCCAUUUAGGAAUAAGAGAGUGAAGCUACCAUCAAUGAUGCACAACACAGAGGAUGACAACUUCCACCUGGAUGCGCAAUCUCCAUCUUCUUCCUCUGGUAUCUUUCCUCUGGCUUAUACCCCCGAGUCCAAUCAUAUCUCUCCUGGAAUGCUGGGCACCAUCAACAGAUCUGACAAUGAAAAGCAGGUCUACAGACUCCAGAAAAGCCUAAAGCAUCCACAGUUUAGGGUCUUCAUAAACAAAAAAGCGGGACACAGGAUCCAAGCCACGCCAACUUCUCGAAGGGUGACCGCCUUGGAGAAAGGCUCCAGAGACACCUCGGUGAUCGCAAAACUCUUCGAACCGAAUAAGUCGAACAACUCGGAUGAGGAAGAAAAAGAUUAUUAUUUUUCAAACUCCUUUUCUGAUGAGAACUAGAACCUCGGAGUACCCGGUUUUAUAAAUUAUUUAUAUAUUGAA